AUGGUUGCGAGACGUCCCCAACAUUCCCCUCAUACCCCUCGAACGCCUCGAGAGGGUCGCUAUUAUCGUCGGGACGAACUGUCGCCACCUGCCCCACGACAUGGACAUCGCAAUCCACCCGAUAGAUGGGUUCCACAAUACCGCCGUACCAACUCCCACGUCAUUUAUAGGAAGUCAACGGGCCCUAGAUCACCGCCAAAAUGGAGGCGAAGACCUGAUUACUGGCGGCCCAACAACGAACUUUAUAGCCCCCCCUCAGUUGAUCUUGAACCAACGUUCUCCUCGUUGUCAAUUGACGAUCGUUGGAGAGGAGAAGAUGUUCAUCAUAGCCCACAGAAGAUAUCGACGGAACUAUCUCCUGACGCAAGGGAAAAGGCCUUUGCCGAGAUUAUAAACGGGGCGUUUGAUUCGGAAAGUUUGUACUUGGGCAAGAGUGCACCUCCGAGGCUUGCAGGUCCUUCCGAAACUGAAAGUUCCGGUAUUGGAAAGACGGGUCCUAUUUAUCGGCCAUGUGAAGAGAAGAUCGAGUCCUUGCCGCGUGAACCAUCGCCUGGGCGUCCGAAUCAUCCAUAUUCAUCAUGCGAAAAGCCACUUCAAUCACCUUCGAUUGACUCGUCGGCAUCGACAAUAGACGGAACGGUACACCAGCCUGAAGAGAUGAAACGGUUGAUGAGGAUGAUCAGGCUUAAUCCUAAUCGCUCGAAAGAGCUUGCUGACCUCGUGUAUGACUUCCUCUACAGGCGCACGAAAGUUUCCCAGGAAGCCAAUUUUGAAAAGUGUAAUGGUCUCCAGGCUAAACUCCAGCAGCUUAGGGGGUCUUCACCAAUUCUUCCGCAAGUAGCCACACUCUCCGGUGGUGGUGACAGCCCACCCCGCCGUCCCGGUGGCAUGUUUCGGGGACAUAUGAUAGAUAAACCGGAUCCUGAUAUACACAGCGGUUUGUCGGCACAUGCAUCCGAAGCUACAACCAGAGAUACCAGUGCUGCCGUGGAAGAUGUUGAAUUGAUCCCACCAACACCACUUCCAGGACCGCAUGACUUCGCGCCCAGACAUUCUGUUGCCUCGAACCCGACAUCCGGGGUGUCGGAUCAUCCUUCCAACUCAACAAUAUCUUACACAAGAAGGGAUGGUAGCCCUCUGCCCGAACCACUAUGCCCUGGAGCGGGUCCUUGCUGCGAUCACUGGAUUGCUACUUAUUAUAAUACCCUUGCCGCACUCUCGCCAAGCUCGCUAUCUCCUGAAGAUUGGCGAGCGGUCCGAUCCGCUUUGGCUUCAUCCCCAGAAUCACCACCGCCAUUUGACUUGAACGAAAUCAAGGUUUGCUCCAGUAGCAGUGGCUCUCAAGGCAGCGGAGAGGUUGCUGCGUGCUCAGGGUAUGAGAAUACGACAUAUUCACACCAAGAUGGUCUUCCUUUUCGACCCAAGACUGCCAUGGGAGUAAAUAAUGGGGACCAACAAGACCCUAGUCUUCGCAUAGAAUCUCUCAAUGCUGAAGUACUUAAGCGGCCAUCGAAGCGAGGCCUCUCUCGACACAAGGCCAUACCGCGGUGUCCUCGUACCCCAGUUUCAUCCCCGUGUGAAAUAUGUGGCCAACAUCACAAAGCAGGGUCAAAUGGUAAUUAA